CACAGAGCCGCCCUCGUCCUCGCUCUUCUCUGCCCUCUGGCGCCGCGCGGCCUGUCCCCUCCUCCAUCACACCAUCCAAGCACACCACUCCCAACGGCACUGCACCCCUCACUCGCACUCGCCAGCGCGCUCUGUCACGCUUCUCUCCUGCGCAUUGACGCCGCGCCGCCGCUGCUGCCGAGCGCCUGCACGUUCUGCCAUCCAGCUCGCUGCUCUGCUGCGCACACCACGCCCCUGCGAUCGCUCCACUGCGGUGCCCCGCACAUCGCCCGCUUGCGGCGCAGGACUGCACAUCGGCAGCCGCACGCAGACGAGCACUCUCUCUCCUGAUCCAGCAGCGCUGAGCCACCUCGCCCAGGCGCCGCCGGCUGGGCGCGCAGCGUAGUCCGCCAUGGCAUCUCCACUUGCCUCUUCGUCGCGCUCCACCACGCCGACGGCGCCGUCGCCCUCCUCCUCGCUCCUCACUCCUGCCGCACACGGCUCCGCAUCGCCCUCCUCGUCCCGCUCCGCCUCGCCGACGGCCGCGCUCUCCCGUAUGUCCUUUCCAGUCUCGUGCGCGUCGCCCGCAGCGAUGCGUGGCGACGUCGGCGCCGGGUGGAACUCGCUCGGCGCCCUCGGCGUCGCUGGCGGCCGCUCGAGCGCAUCGACGCCCGCCGCAGCUGCAGGCACGCCGGCCAGCGGUGGCUGUGACACUCCGGCCGGCCGCAAGAACCACGCCGAGGCAGACGUCUCGCCCGAGCAGGAGGCAGAGGAGGCGUGGCACGCGCAUGCGAAGCUCGGCGAGCAGGACGCAGACGACGAGAUCAUGCGCGCCACCACGCCCGGCGCCUCCUCUUCACGCAACCCACUCGUGCCGCCGCCGUCGCGCAGCCUGUGUGUGCGGCACCAGCGCAUGGCCGACGAAGGCAUGACGGCGCGGCUGCAAAAGUCAAUCGAGCUGCUGCCGCUGCAGGACCAGACGGCCGUCAACACCGUCUGGGCGCUCUUCUCCUCUUCGCCAGCCUCACGGCGGUCGCUGAUUCUGCAGGGCAUUCUCACGAUGUGCUGCUUCAGCCAGCUCUCUCUGCUCUCGCAAGAGCUGGCGCUGGCCAUCCGCAUCGACCCAUUCACGCUUCUGCCGCGCGAGAUUAGCCUCAAGAUCUUGGGCCACCUCGACGCCAUGACGCUCGGCCGCGCCGCCCAGGUCUCGCGCACCUGGCGCGCACUUGCCGAUGACGAUCUGCUGUGGCGCAACAUGUGCGAGCAGCACAUCGAGCGCAAGUGCGAGAAGUGCGGCUGGGGCCUGCCGCUGCUGUCGGAGCGGCGGCGACGCGCCAAGCCGAAGGCACUGCGAAUCGACGCGGCAUCCACGUCCGAGGGCGCCGCGCCCUCGCCUCGUUCCGCAUCGGCCUCGGGCAGCCUGAAGCGCAGCAUCACUGCCGCCGCAAACGCAGCAGCACACGAGCGGCAUGCACGUGCUGGUGACGCCUCAGGCUCCAACCCCGGGUCUGCGCUCAAUUCGCCGCGCAUGGCAUCCGUCGACAUGGACGUGGAGGAGCGCCUGGGCCGGCCGACAAAGCGUCCGUGCACCACGUCAUCUCGCGACGCGCCAGGCGACGCCAGCGGCGAUGCUGCCGCGCAGGCCCUCGUGGCGCCGCCGCCGCACACGCUGCCCGCAGCGACGCGGCCGUGGAAGUCGGUGUACUGCGAGCGUCUCGCCAUCGAGCGCAACUGGCGGCGCGGGCGCUUCACGACGCGCGUGCUGACGGGCCACACCGAUGGCAUCAUGUGCCUGCAGUUCUCCGACUCGCUGGCGCAUCCCGCCUUUCCGCUCCUCAUCACGGGCUCGUACGACCGCACCGCGCGUGUGUGGAAUCUCGAGACGGGCGCCGAGCUGCGCGUGCUGCGCGGCCACACUCGCGGCGUGCGGUGUUUGCAGUUCGACGAGGUCAAGCUCAUCACGGGCAGCAUGGACCGCACGCUCAAGAUCUGGAACUGGCGCACGGGCACGCUGAUGCGCACGCUCGAGGGCCACACCGAGGGCAUCGUCUCGCUGCACUUCAACGACGACACGCUCGCGUCCGGCUCGGCAGACUCGAACGUCAAGAUCUGGAACUUCCGCACCGGCGAGUGCUACACGCUCCGCGGCCACACGGACUGGGUCAACGCCGUGCUGCUGUGGUCCGGACCCGGCACAAAGUCGUCUCAGCCGACGCAGAGCAGCGCCGUCGCCGGCCGCGCGCCGGCGGACUGGAACGACGGCGAGCUGCGAGCGGAGUCGGCAGACUCUAGCAGCUCCGAGGGCGCGGGCAGCAGCUUCCUCUUCAGCGCCAGCGACGACGGCACGAUCCGCCUCUGGGACUUGGCGCUGCGCGAGUGCCUGCUCGUGCUCGACGGCCACGUCGCGCAGGUGCAGACCAUCAAGCUCGUCAUGCUGCCCGACGAGGCGAUGGCCAAGCUUGCGCAGGGCGCUGCGGGUGGCCCCGGCGCCGCCGACGCCGAUCAGCUGCGCCGCGCCGAGCAGCGCGCCGGCCGCUACGCGAGCAAUGGCGACGACGACGCAGACGACACGAACGCGUCGAACUCUGCCAGCUGCGGCUACAACGCCUCGGCCGUGCCCGGUGGGCGCGCGGCGAACGCUGGCUUCGCGCCGGCCAUGCCCGAGCGCGGCAUCUACGCCGCCACAUCUUCGGCCAGCAACCGCCGCGCAUCGGGCGCUCGCAACGGCUCGCAGGCACCGCCGGAGCCCAUGCGGCGUCCGAUCGACCCGACGCUGGCGCACCUCCAGAACCGUCUCUGCUCUGCGGGUCUCGUGGCGCCUCUGCCGCUCGACGCCGAGGCAGCGGACCUCGAGCCCCUGCUCGACCCCUCGCCCAACGGCGCCGCAGCCCGCACCGCGGCGCACCGCGGCGCACGUCCCGUGCUGCUCUCCGGCUCGCUCGACAACACGCUCAAGGCGUGGGACGUGCGUACGGGGCGCUGCAUUCGCACGCUGUUCGGCCACGUCGAGGGCGUGUGGGCCAUCGAUGUAGACCGGCUGCGCAUCCUCAGCGCCAGCCACGACAAGACGCUCAAGGUCUGGGACGCCGCCACGGGCGCAUGCCAGAACACGCUCGUCGGCCACCGUGGCGCCGUGACGUGUGCCAGCCUGGGCGACGACAAGAUCCUCAGCGGCUCCGACGACGGCGAGGUGCGCAUCUGGAGCUUUGCGCCGCCGCUUGAGGAUUGAUCGGCCCCGGAUCAGGGGCCGUCUCUGCAGUCUCCAUCCCAUGUGCCCCCUCUGCGGCCCGGCCUACGUGCCCGGCGUCCGCCAUCGCUCGCAUCUUCUCAUGACUGUCUCCCUGGACACCAACUCUUAUGUGCGCCCCUGCACCCUCCUGCUCCCUUUCUCCCUGCGACAUGUGUACACUACUGCUCCUCACCACGUCCAAAGUCAUCCUCUCCCGUGCUGCUCG